GCGGCGGCCAGGGCUCGAACACAUAGCAUGUUGUUGUUGCACCUGUGAAAUAGGCCUGACACGAUAGAGAGGGAGGAUAUCGAAUCCACGCCAUUCCCCGUGUUUAUCAUCCACUCUGCGUGUUUUUUGACGUUUCGUUGCUAGACUCAACCACCAAAUGACAUUAAUCACACGGGGGAGAAAAAACCCGCUUGUUCCGAUGUUAUAUCGUCUUUAUAUAUAGUUAGCGAGCUAUACAGGUAAGCUAAUGUACAGAAGUCCAACUCAUCGGCUGUCAUGUUUAUCUUUAGGCUAGCGGUUGGUGUUUAACGCGUCAAAACAGCCUCGCCACUCAGCCUCACCUCUGCUUUAGCGAGCCAGAGGCUAAAGAUAAGUAGCUUGUUUAUUAGCUGAAGGAUGCUCAUUUCUCAUCCACACGUUGUAAUUCAGCACCGGUCCCUCCCGAGGGGUCUCACCGCGACCAGGGGGCUCGUUUCUAAGUUGAGCACCAUCUUGUAUCCCGCGACAACUUCUGUGUAAGCUGUGCGGUGCGUAUCGAGGGUGAACCCGCAAAUAAUCGCUGUCGUUCGCCUCCAGUGAGAGCAGUAUGAGUAAGGAACUGUCUCUCGGUCAGUCAGCUCAAUAUGUUGGGCCCUACAGACUGGAGAAAACGCUGGGGAAGGGACAGACAGGACUGGUCAAGCUCGGGGUCCACUGUAUUACGGGUCAAAAGGUCGCGAUCAAAAUAGUCAACAGGGAGAAGCUGUCGGAGUCGGUCUUGAUGAAGGUUGAAAGGGAGAUUGCCAUUCUGAAACUGAUUGAGCAUCCGCAUGUGUUGAAGCUGCAUGAUGUUUACGAGAAUAACAAAUACCUGUACCUGGUGCUGGAGCAUGUGUCUGGAGGAGAGCUGUUCGACUACCUGGUGAAGAAAGGACGGCUGACUCCGAAAGAGGCCAGGAAGUUCUUCAGGCAGAUCAUCUCUGCCUUGGAUUUCUGCCACAGUCAUUCCAUCUGUCACAGAGACCUGAAGCCUGAGAACUUGCUCCUGGACGAGAAGAACAACAUCCGAAUCGCUGACUUUGGCAUGGCCUCCCUCCAGGUGGGAGACAGUCUGUUGGAGACUAGCUGUGGAUCACCACAUUAUGCGUGCCCUGAAGUGAUACGGGGGGAGAAAUAUGAUGGGCGGAGAGCAGAUGUGUGGAGCUGUGGGGUCAUCCUGUUUGCUCUACUGGUGGGCGCCCUGCCUUUUGACCAUGACAACUUACGUCAGCUCCUAGAGAAGGUGAAGAGUGGGGUGUUCCACAUGCCCCACUUCAUCCCCCCGGACUGCCAGUCUCUGCUCAAGGGUAUGAUCGAGGUCAACCCUGAAAAGAGGCUCACGCUCGAGGCCAUCCAGAAACACGCCUGGUAUCAGGGUGGUCGAAACGAGCCGUGUCCUGAGCAGCCUCCUCCCAGGCGAGUGUGUGUGAGCCGAAUCUUGUCCCUGACUGAGCUGGACCCAGAUGUGUUGGACAGCAUGCACUCGCUGGGCUGUUUCCGAGACAGAGUCAAGCUCACACGUGACUUGCAAUGUGAAGAAGAGAAUCAGGAGAAGAUGAUCUAUUACCUACUGCUGGACAGGAAAGAGCGUUACCCCAGCUAUGAGGACGAGGACUUGCCUCCGCGCAAUGACGUAGCAGACCCUCCUCGUAAGCGUGUUGACUCUCCCAUGCUGACGCGCCACGGCCGCUGUCGCCCCGAGAGGAAAAGUCUUGAAGUGCUGAGUGUUACAGAACAGGGGUCUCCCACCCCGCCUCGCAGGGCCCUGGAUACAGCUGCACACAGUCAGAGGUCUCGCUCGGUGAGCGGAGCCUCCACUGGUCUCUCCUCCAGCCCCCUCAGCAGUCCCCGGAGCCCCGUCUUCACUUUCAGCCAAUCAGACGUCACCUCCGCCACCGCUACCCUCCUCACAAAGGAGACCAAACAGGGAACCACCACCACGCCUCGCUCAGCGCGGGCUCACGACAAGCCCAAAGCUCCCCCCAACCCAAAGACCCAGACCCUGCCCAGCAAGGGACCAGCCGACCGACCCCACCUGCAGCCCAUCAAAUCCCUGCCUCUGCACAACCCAUCCUCCCGCUCCCCCUCUCCGCUUCUGUCACCCAUCCCCCGUUUCUUCUUCCCCUCGUCCUCUGUCCUUAAGUCAGUGACUAAGAGCUUCUACCCAAACUCUGCCCACUCUGUGCCGCAGGUAACCCCCCAAGGCUCUCCACUGCCCACACCCCUGGGCACCCCUGUCCACCACCCUCACCACCCCUCCUCCACCCCGCCCUCCUCCUCCUCGUCCUCCUCCUCUUCGCGGGCGGAGGGUGGGGGAGGUGUGGGCUCGCUCUCGCUGACCCCGCCCUCCAGUCCAGGUGGGGGAAGCGGCAUGGCGGCAAGCAGCUCUGCUCACUGGAGGACUCGUCUCAAUUCAUUCAAAAACAACCUGCUGGGCUCGCCGCGUUUCCAUCGCCGCAAGCUGCAAGUUCCUACAUCAGAAGACAUGUCCAGUCUAACACCAGAAUCUAGCCCUGAGCUGGCUAAGAAGUCCUGGUUUGGAAACUUCAUCGGCUUAGAGAAAGAGGAGCAGAUCUUCGUGGUCAUCAGAGACAAACCUCUUAGUUCUGUCAAAGCCGACAUUGUGCACGCCUUCCUGUCUAUCCCAUCGCUCAGUCACAGCGUCCUUUCCCAGACCAGCUUCAGGGCCGAGUACAAGUCCUCCGGCGGCCCCUCCGUCUUCCAGAAGCCCGUCAAGUUCCAGGUGGACAUUGCCUUCUCCGAGGGCGAGAGAGAGCGGGACAGGGAGAGGACCGAGAGGGAGGGCCGGAGGGAGACAGGAAUCUACAGCGUGACGUUCACCCUCAUAUCAGGUCCAAGUCGCAGGUUCAGACGAGUGGUGGAAACGAUUCAAGCCCAGCUUCUAAGCUCCCAUGAUCAACCCAUGGCUCAAGGCCUAUCUGAUGAGAAGAACGGCCGGCCCCACGGGACCCCCACCCGCCAAAACUCGAGACGCUCCGAGGGUGGGGGCGACAGGUGUGAGUGGGGAGACCGAACAGACGGAGGAGGCAUCGGAGGCAGCGGGGGAGUUCUGCAGCGCAGAGGCUCAGCGAAAGAGAGAACCCGACUGCUGUCCUCCAACGGAACCCAGUCCCAGCCGUAGGAUAGAAAGUGAGACCAUGCAGCAGGAUGCUUGAACCUACACCCGAGAGACGACAGUGUAACUCCACCUCAACGUAUCCCUGCAAGCCAUGAGCUUCUCCUCUUCGUCCUUGACUAAGUUAAUGAAGGUGCUUGACCAUAGCAAGGAUUGAGCCUUUUCCCUCCGUCGUGUUUUUUUUUCUCCAACUCAUCAUUCUCUUGACCUUUUGGAUCAUCAGGAUUCCUUCCCUUAAACGAGAAAGAGGUGUUAGGGAAUGACCCUUUAAUGAAAAAAAACUAAACUUUGUGAAUGAGCAUUUUGGUAUCCAUCAUAGAUACAGCUUCACAGAUCAAACUAGGAAAUUUUGCUAAUGUGCAUGCCAGUUAGCAAAAUCAGCCAGUUAAAGGAUGCUGACCUGAUCAGAUAGGCUAGUCUACCAUAUCAUUGUUAUCCAGUUUCUGACACCAAAAAGAAAUAACGGUCUUGUUCUCAAGAUUCAAAUUAACCAGUGCGCUCAUAUCACUAUCAAGCAACACGCAAUUAUCAGUCCAUACUGAAAGACAUAUAGAUGUAACCUCAACAGAGGAACCCUAAACGUUAGCAGCCUGCUACCACUUCAGCAACGAGCUGAGUUUAAAAGGUCCUGAUUUUCUCAGAAGAAGCGACACGCUGGGAUCCCUGCUGUGUCCUCUCCCGAGGUAAAGAAAACCAACAAAGUAAGCUAAGUAAGUGAAUGUGAAAAAAAGAUAUUUUUUUAUUUAGUUUUAUUUAUUUAUGUUUACAUGUUUCUUGGAAGAUGUCAGUAGCACAGUGAUAUCCGUACAGACAGUAACUAAAAACACUGCAGUGUUAAAAGGGGGAAGCUGACAUAUUUGUUUCUCGGACAGGAAUUAGUUUCAAGUUUAACGUUUUCGAUUCUUUUGUAUUAUUAUGAUUUUUUGCUCGGAGACAAUAUGAAACAAUGCUUCUAAGAUUUUUGGCAUUGGUCUCCUGUUGCUCUGAAGAAAAGUAUUUUUUGAUUUGAACAGAAAUAUGAACAUUACUAUAUGAAAAAGAAAAAAAAAAACACUAUGCGUGAAUAUUUCCAUGAACCUCAUCACAGCGGUUUGUGCCCAGAGAGAAGUGAGAAGAAGAGCAUUCCUGACCUGUGGAUCAAACAAAGGCCACCGUUCUCGUGGAGCUUGUCUCCUAUCGCCAUAGUAUUCACGUACUGACUGAACUAUAUGAAAUGAAAAGAGGAAAAAAAGGACUCACAAAGGAAAUUCAUCCUCGGACAUUUACAUCAUAAAAAGCUUUCAGCGUCAAUUCCUCGUUGAACGGGACUUCAGAAUAGGAAUUAAGCAGAGAGCCUCCUAACCCCACGCUCCUCACGUCAGUGUUCACCAACGAGCCAAGUAGUCCAUUGCCACACCCACGCUCACCACCGAGACUCGCACCAUUCGGUAAACAGACGUAGCAACUCGGACGAUCACGUGUUCCUCCAGUACUCUGUCAGACCAGUCGACGUUCAUCACCAGUCUUCCAUACAGCACAAUAUGCAACAAAAGUGCAAAACGUUUUCAGAGAGAUACACACUGCUACAUUUUAAUGCUAACUUUUUGUUUUUGUUUUUAUAUUUGCCUACUUAUCGAUCCAUCUAUUUAUUGAUUUUUAUUUAUGUGAUCAUGUGGAUGUUUGUGUCAUGUGUUUGUUUACAAAGUAGAUUUUAUGCCAACAAAACUAUAUCAAGAGCCAACCUGCUCUGUUUCAUUUCUCACCCUUAUUCUUUUUUGGAGAAUUUCCCUCCACGACUUCAAUAGCAGUGCCGACGGAUCGUCUGUUUGUUUAUAGCUCACAUUUCAUCACGCUUAUCCCUGGUAACCGGAAUGUGUGCGUGAGACGGGUGGAUGAUGGCUGACUGAGAGCGAAACUUUGUGGCCGCUGAGUAGGCGAGAAGAUUUUAACUGACCCAAGAAUAUUAAAUUCAUUAACAUUGCCAAACCCUAACAGGUACAUAAUUUCUCUUGCUAAAUUGCCUCAUCUCCUGCUUUUAUGCCUCGUUCCCUUUGUCUGUCCGGCUCUUUACCCCGUUGUGUAGCCAUCAUCAUAAGAGAAACUGUACCAAGUCGUUUGCCUCACUGUCUGCACACACACUUUAUGAUUGAUUCACGAUCAUCUGUUUCAUCUAUUUCCUCACCACGUCACCUUCACUCUCAUUGGCCCAACUCUGGCUAAGAUUGUAAACUAUUCUCCAUCCAUAAAGGGUCAGUAGAAUAAGGUGUUUAAAAAAAAAGAAAUGUCUGUAUCAUAAUUUAAAUAUAAAAGUGCACUAUUAUAACUAUUGCCUGUGAUAAAAAGAACAAUUAUGAUUGAAUUGACGGUCAAAAUAAAGAGAGAUCCACCUUAUUGUUAUGGUUACAAUAAUAAACCCUAAAUUCAUGUG